AUGGUGUUGGCCCUCAUCCUCGCACUGCACCCCAGCCAGGGCUUGUCCCCGGGGGACACUGUCACCCUGCGAUGCCACCUGCCCCAGUCGGCUGCACAAGUUGAGCUCUACCAGGAUGGACUUUUGGGAUCCUACAAGGACAUGGACAAGCAUCAGGUCAUGGCUGAGUUCUCCUUGGUUUGUGUAAAGCUGGAAGAUGCAAUGAAGUAUUGGUGCCAGUACCGGGUUUUGGAGCCACCGGGAGUAUCAGAGAAGAGUGUCCCCAUCGAAUUGGUGGUGACAGAUCAUCGAUAUUCCCCACCUAACAUUUCCAUCAGCCACGAAAAAAUUGUGGAAGUGGGGACCAAUGUCACCAUCCAGUGCUGCAAUCAGGGCUAUGGGGGCAUCAUCUUCUUGCACAAGGAUGGGCACUCAGUCCCUGUCCAGCACCAGGACCCCCGUGGCGGGGGCACAGCCACCUUCAUCCUUGUUGCGGUGACCUCAGCUGACAGUGGCACCUACAGGUGCUCCUAUCACCCCAAGGCCUCCCUCUUUGUGUCCUCACCCCUUGGGGACAGCGUGAUGCUGGAGGUGACACCCACACCUGCACCCCCAGGUGAUGAGAGGAGGUCUCGUGGGAACCUGGUGGUGGCAGUGGUGAGGGGCUGCACUGAUGCCCUCACCUUUGGCCUCGGCAUCUUCUUUGUCAUCGAUGCCCAAAGCCUCUGGAUAUGGAGAGAUGUGAGGACUGGGGCUGACACAAAAAUCCCCAAGGACAUGCAGUUCCAGAUCCUGGCUGUGGGGAAGUGCAAAUCUGUAUUGUGGAGACCCACCUAG